GCCUAAAGGAAGUCCAGAUCAAAAUCAAGCUCUUAUAUACCAAAUUAAAAUGCAGGAGAAGACCAUCUGAUAAUCUACUGAAGAUCAUGGGUUUAGUUUAUACUAUAAAACUGCAGAGAACUUUUACUGUUAAUUUUAGGCAGCAUACCUUCAGAAAUCAGGAUUAAAUGUCUGUGUACUGGAAAGAAGACAUGUUCUUGGAGGAGCUGCUGUUACUGAGGAGAUUGUGCCAGGUCAAUUUUUUAAUAAUCCUUCUUAUAAAAUGAAAUUUUAUUUUAUUUUGUUUUGCUAUCUUGUAGAUUUGCAAGAAACUUAUUAUUUUUUUAAAUUUUAAAGUACCUUGUCAACAGUUCUUUAUUGUGCUUUUUUAUUGGGAUUUAUAUGUAAUUAGUUUUUGCAUUAUUGUUUUUGUUAUGAUUUAGGAUUUAAGUUCUCCAGGGCAUCCUACCUCUUAAGUCUUCUGAGACCUAAGAUUAUGACAGACUUAGAAUUGAAGGUAUUUAUCAAUUUGAGCUAUUACAAUAUAAGUAAUUUUUUAAUGGAAAUUAUUAGCAUUUUGUCCUAAUUUUUAAAAUUAUAGUUGAAUAAUAAAAGGCAAUUAUUGAUAGUAAAUUCAGUAUUUCUGCUUUAGAUUCAAGUUAUGAACUAACUGUUAAAAGAUUAUUAGUAAAUGAAAUUAAAGAAUUAGUAAAAAGUAAAUGUUACAUUUUUCUGAUAUACACCUUCAGAAAUAUGGUUUGAAAAUCUACAUGCGCAACCCAAGCUCCUAUACACCAUUGUUAGAACCUGGUGGAUUAAAUGGCAGAGCUAAAUCAUUAACGAUUGGUAAAGAUCCACAGCAGAAUGCUGAGCAGAUUGCACAGUUUUCUCUCAAAGAUGCCAAGGUAAGAAACUAUACUACCACUGUUAAACAAAAUGUUUCUUGACUUAACGUUUUUUAAUUUCAGUCAAAUUCAAUCACACAAAAAAAUAAUUUUUUCAACUAUGUAUAAAAAUCGGCAUUAUUUUAUAAUUAUUUUGCAUAGUUUUAUAAGUUGUCCUGAAUUUUUAAGAGGAUAAUUUUGAUUCUUCUUUUUCAAUAGUGUUUUAAAUGAAUUUUUUUUUUCAAUAUCACCCAAUUUGAUUACUAGAUUGAACCAAAUUAAGAAAUUUGAGCAUUCACCAGUCUGUUGUAGAGAUUCCCACAUUCAAGCUUUUAAUUGUACUCACAGUUGUUUUUUAUAAUUUGUUCAUCUUUGCAUCAAUUAGGCAUUUUGUGUGUAUGAAGAACUUCUAGAUCGUAUUGUUACAGCCCUUGAUCCUUUGUUAGACAAUCCACCUGUUUCAUUACCUUCACUUAUGGGAUCCUCACUACGAGACAAGUGGAGCAGUGUAGGGCCAGUCAGGGCACUAGCAACUUCUUGUAAGAGCAAGUUCAUUCAUUGAUUACUAGUUGCUUGAACAAGAAAUACUUUUUAAUCAAUAACAUUUUAACUUUUUUCACCAGUAAAAAUUUUGCAAAUAAUUAAGAAUACUAUUCUGCUGUGACACAUGGGCUUUUUAUCUUUUUGAGUGGGGUGGCAUUUAGUGUGGUCAAGUCUAAUUUGUUUGUACUUUGUGGUAAACAAACAGAGCUAAACAUAUUCUAUGCUCUAUGACUUCUCUGAAACAGCGCUGCAAAUCAAAUGCUUAGAGCCUCUACACUAGUUAUUGGUUAUUGCAAUGUAAAGAUACAUUUUAGUAUUAAAACUGAAUUACUAAUUUUUGUCUUUUUAAUGAUUAAAAAAAAUUAAUUAAUUAAUUUUUUUUAAUAUAUAAAGAAUUUUUAAUGAAAGGUUCCCCAUAUUUUUUAAAUUGUGACAUUAUAAUAAUGGCUAUUUAUAAUCUUGCACAUUUUUUUAGAAUACUUACCUAUGUGUUUAACAUUCUAUCACCUCUAGUUAAAUGUUUUGAUGACUCAACCCCUCAUCUAUAUUGCAUUCAAUGAAUCAUAAAGUUCUGGAAACUCUUAUGAAUUUAUGUUAUGAUAUUUUUUUAAAGUUAGAUUUAUUAAAUAGUAUUACAUCAUCAUUUUGUCAUGGUCAAAUAACAGAAUCAUGUGUAUAUUAAAUAUGCUGUUCAGUAAUACUUCAGUAAUAGUCAUCUUUGUCUAUGUAUUACAUCAGUAAAAUCUUUAGGAAAAGAUCUGCCUGCUUUUUAUGAAUUAAUGACUGCUCCUGCCCAAAAGGUUGGUGAAAUAAUUUAACAUUAUAUGACUUUAUUUUAUCUGCAUCAAAACAACAUCCAUGACACAGAUGUCAUGUUACCUAAUUACUGUCUGUGCUGUCAUACAUACUGAGUAAUGAAACACUCUUUUAUAUGUUUACAAACAUAAAAUAAACUUUAAAAAUAAAUCCAUGAAUAAUAUUAAGAAACACUUCAUCUGUAAAAGGGGUAGAAAAACUGCCAUUUAUUGGCCUCAUUCAAUGGCUGAGCUUAACUAAAUGCCACCCAGGUUUUACUCCAAAAGUGUAUCCAUUUAACACACACAUAUGUAUCCUUUAGAUAAUUUCAUAAAUAAAGUCAUAAGUACUGCCAUGGAUAAGGUUGGGGGGGGGGGCAAGGGACUUAUGCAGUCCUUAGGAACAUCACUGGUCACAUUUAUCACUCUAAACUUUACCCUGCAGCCUUCUCAGUAAUUGUUGUCACAAAUUGUAAUAAGAGACUAUAAUGCUUAAAACUUAGAUAUUUAGGUGAUUUCAGCUCUUGUACAAAAUAAAACUAUGUAUAGUGUCUUCUUUUUGCUUUCUUUAAUAACUAAACAAGUUGGACCUGCAGCCCAUUUGUAAUAUUGUGUAGCUCUUGUUCAAGAGGUAACUGAUUCAAAACCAUCCAAGAUCAUCCCCAGCUAAGUUCAUAUAGCAGUUUUAUUUAGGUAGAAUAGACUGAUUGAAUAAGUAAGGCAUAUAUUCUUGGGGGAGGAAUUAAACCCUAAUACACUUCAACCACCAAAGCUGGAAGAAAGUAGCUAAUGAGGCCUGAUUUAAAAAGCAGCUGUCUAUGCAAAAAAUAUCCAAGUUAAAUUACAUCUGCCUGUCUGAUUCUGAAAACAAUAGUGAAAAAGAAAAAAACCGGUAAACAAUAAUGGUAUUGCAUAGCGAUAGAAUGAAGAAAAAAGAAAACUUCCUUAAAAAAUAACUUUGUCUAUAAUUUAAAUACAUUUUCUUAACUGAAUUAUAUAGUUGAUUGUGUGUUUCUUUUUUUAUGUUUUUAAAUUUUUCUUGGUAGGAUAUGGGAGCAGCUGACCAAUAUGUUAAUGUUUUUUUGCUCUGGGCAAUCAUGCAUAUAAUAUUGUUUAAUUUUUAAUCUUUAAAAUAAUGAACCGUUGAGUAAAUCCUAGAUUUUUUCGCAACCUUUUAAUGUAUGUUUCAGUAACAUGCACAUUAUGUAUGCAUUUUAAUUUUUUUUAUAUAUUUUGUCUGGAUAUACUCUAAAGUUUAAAAAAUUAGAAUAAUUAUACAUUUUCUUAAUUAAUGGGUUUUUUUUCUAGUUAUAUAUUUCUUGUAAUUGUAAGUAAUAACAAGAAACAAAGUUUUACCAAAACUGUCUAAUAGUGACACAUGCCUUGUAAUUUAUUAAUGUGGUAAUUAACAUAUCCUGGUGUGUAAAUGAUCCUUGUUAAAUGACUUUAUAUAUACUUAUUGGUUUCUUUUUCUACCUGAGAUCUUUAAGAAUUGUCUCAUUCUCCAAGCAGAUUUUAAAUCGAUGGUUUGAAUCUGAGCCAUUGAAGGCAACUCUUGCAACAGACAGUGUAAUUGGGGCAAUGAUAAGUCCCAUGCAUCCUGGCAGUGGGUAAAUUUACAUUGUAUUUGUCCAAAAUUUUAAAUAAAAUCAAUCUUAACUCUACUGAAAUGAGGAUAAUAAAUUAUAUGAGAAUCAGAAUAUGGAUUCCCCAGAAACUUUAAAAGAGCAUAAUGCACCAAAUAAUAUUUGGAUAUUUCUAAAUUGUUGUUUUUUUUUUUGCAAGUUUCUAAUACUCAGAAGAUAAUUUACAAUGGAAUUUUGCAUUACAUUCAUAUUGCAUAUUUUUCAUAUGCCAGUAGUUAAAAUCUGUUGCCAUCCCAGGUAUGUCCUUCUUCAUCAUGUGAUGGGAGAAAUAGAAGGUGUUAAAGGUGCUUGGGGCUAUGUGGAGGGUGGUAUGGGAGGUGUUUCUCAAGCCAUUGCCAACUGUGCUCAAGACCAUGGAGCAGCAGUUUUUUGCAAUAAGGUGCAUAUGAGCUUUUUUUUUAAAUUUUGCCCAGGAAUACCCAUUAUCAGCAUUCUGAUUCACAUUGAUACUGAAGAAACAAAUUUAAUAAUAAACAUUUUCUUUUUACAAUUUUAGCACACCAUAUAAUUUUUUUUUAAAGUGGUAUAGUGGUAUCUAGUAUAAAAAAUGGACAACAGUUGAUAUAUUGUAUUUUUAAACAAAAUCUAAGCUAUCCAGCUAUGUAUUUUUAUUGUAAAGAACAAAUAAAAUUUGGUUAUUGGAUUGUAUUUAGGGAAAUACUUGAUUCUUCCACUUUUAUUUUCUAUGUCAUAGAUCUUGUAAACUUGCUUGGUAAAGAAAACAGUUGUACAUUUUUAAGAUUUAUGUUUGUUCUUUCAACAGCAAGUUUCAUCAAUAAUAGUUUCCAAUAACAGUGUCAAAGGUGUGGUGUUGUCUGAUGGUACAGAAAUCAGAGCAAAAGCUGUUCUGUCCAAUGCCACUGCUAAAAUUACAUAUCUCAAUUUAGUACCUCAGGUAUGGCUAAGCAUUAAAUAUUUAUAACUAAACAUUUUUUUAUUCCUAUGGUAUCUUGGCAUUAUAUUUCAUGACAACUUUGUUUAAGUUUGAAAGAUAUUAUAAAACUUAUAUAUAUCUUAUUUGCUAUUCCUUUUACGACACACUAAUGUACUGUAACAUCUUGACACAAAGCAUAAUACUAUUUAUAUAUUACAAACAAUCUGAAUAAAGAUUGCAAAGGCCGUUAGAUUUCUCUUCAUUUAGCAGUUUCAAAUUGACUAUUUGUUUCACGUACUACAGUACUACUUACAACCAUAUAUCCUUCCUCGGUAUUAGGCAAAAAUUAAAAAGCUUUUGAUGUGAUGUAAAAAAAUUUUUUUAAAAAUUAAAUAAAAAUAAUUCAUAGAAAAUAUUUAAAUUGUAAUUCAUAUAUUAUUUUUUAAGUAUAGUAAGAAAUGAAUGUAGAGAACCAACUGCUCCUUUUAUUGUUCAAGUUUUUUUUAGAUGUUAAAAAAAUACUUCAUGAAUUUCAAGCUAGUAUACCUUGUGGUUCUGAUCAUAUGCAUAAAAUAUAAUAACUUUAGAUCAGUAUGUUUAUAAAUCAAAAUAGCAAUAUAACAAAUGAACUAAAGUCCCAUGUAUUUGAUCACUGUGUGUAUAUUCUUUUUCUAGGGAAUUUUACCUGAAGAAAUAGUUAAAGAAUUAGAAACUUAUGAUUAUACUUCACCUGUGACAAAAAUCAAUGGUACAUUUUUUCUUCCUCAGAUAAUAUAUUAUGUUUAAUAAAAUGACAUACAACAGAUGCUCUAUAAUAAUUUUUAUAUUAGUAUAAAAAAAGCAGAACAUGGAGGAAUGAUUUAAAAAUAAAUUUUUAUUCAUGAACAUGUCUUGGGUUAAGGUACUCUUAAUAACCUAAAUAUUCAACUGUUGAGUGUUAUGUUCACUACACAAGCUACAUUCUAUUUGAAAUUUGCUCUAAAGAUUGUAAAUCUGUGCCAAUGUGGUAUGUUAAAUAGUGGAAAGAAAAAUUCUUCUCAUAUUUUCCAGUUGCUGUGGAUAGAAUUCCAAACUUCAUAGCAGAUCCAAAUAUUGAAAGGAAUAAACCAAUGCCUCAUCAUCGUUGUUCUAUUCAUAUCAACUGUGAAAAUAGCCAGCUAAUACAUGAUUCUUAUUUAGAAGCCCAAUUAGGAAAGAUAACUGAGAGGUUUUAUAUCAUUUUCUCUUAUUUUUAAUUGAUUUUUAAAAAAUAUAUACGGUAAUACAUCAUUUUGGUUGUAAAACCGGCAUUGAAAUUUGAAUUCUUAUUCUUUUUAAUUUAAAAUAUGUCCAGUUAUUUGGCUGAACCACAAGUCUUUGAUUUUUUAAUGUCUACAGGCCAAUGAUAGAGAUGGUAAUUCCAUCAAGUUUAGAUCCAACAUUGUGCCCCCCAGGCAAACAUGUUGUGUUACUUUUUACACAGUUUACUCCUUACAAAUUAGCAGAUGGUGACUGGAAUGAUGAGAGAAAAAACAAAUAUGCAGAUAUUGGUGAGUUCAUUUAAUAUUAAUUUUUGUAGAGAACAUACAUUUAGGAAUGACUUAUUUUAUAUAAGUAUAUCUAUGUGAAUAGAUAAAAUAAAUACAACUGCUUUAAACUUAAGUUAUUGUUCUUUUUAUUUGGAUUGCAUUAGCUUAUCCAGUUGCUGAAACCAAAAGGACUAAAACAAAGCAGUAUUUCAUAGAUAUCCACAAGUAUAUUCAUAAAGUUUUAAUCUUAAGGGUUAUGUCCACAAACGAAAGAGCUAUAUAUUUUUGGAGAAAAGAUAGCAACUAGAUUGGUUUAUAUCAUUUCAUAUCAUUUGUGGUUGUCUUGGUUAGACUAAGUAAAUUCAGAUUAAAGGACGAUGGGUACUGUGAAUUGAGAGGAAAGUAAUUAUUCAUAGUAAAAGCAUGAAUUUUAUUAUAAAAACUAUAAUAAUGGAUUAGUCCUACACAAAUAACUGGAAUGGAGUUAAGAAACAACAAACAUGAUUUUGGAACCAACCCAAAUUGUAAAAAAUAGGUGGCAACCACAGAGAAGCUACUCAUUUUUACAAAAAAAAUUUGGACACACCCCAUAAGUUAGGAAGUAAUGAAAUUUUUUUUGUAAAUAACAUAUUUAUUAGGACUGAUUUCAGGUUUAUGUAUUUUUUUUUUCUUACAAAAUUUAAUACACUUCUGUUACACAGUACUGCACUUAAUAUUGUCAUCCCAUUAAAAACUUUUAAAAGUUUGUACCUAUUUGUAUUUUUCUUUCAAGCGUUUAUCUUUUUUGUUUUAUAUAUAUCUGGCAUGAUCACUUUCAAAACCAUUGCUGAAAGUAAAUUAAGAAUUAAGAAAUAAUAUUGAAUUUUUUAAAAAUAAUUGUUCUAAUUAAGGUUGAAUAGAUUUUCAAUUUGUUAAUUUUACAAAUACUAACUGUUAAAUUAUCAAAUUUAAGCAUAUUUUAAGAUAGUUAGUAUUAUUAAGAUAUUAUUUAUAGGGUGUAAACAGUUAUUCAUUAAUCUUAUUAAUUUUUUCAGUAUUUGAUAGUAUUGAAAACUAUGCACCAGGAUUUAAAAGCUCAGUGAUUGGUAGAGACAUUUUAGCACCACCAGAUUUGGAGAGUAUCUUUGGUCUCACUGGAGGGGUAAGACAUAUGCAGUUUAGUGAAAUCAAGACUUAAAAAGCUACCCGGUAUAUAAAUUCUUGGCUCAGCACUGAAAUUGUUUAAUUCUAUUGGUAGAGUAAUGCAGUGCUGUCCAACCUUUUUGAUUACAUGGGAAAAAAUAAAAGUGUCCAGUCCCUUGAGAGCCACAAAUAACAUCUCAAAAGAAAAUAAUUCAAAUUAUUAAUACUUAUAAUCUUAUACUAAAGACUCAUACCGGUAGGCCUAUAUCACAUAACAGCAUGGGCUAAACAAAAAUAUAAAUAAAGUGAUUAAAAAUCCUUUAUAUUAACUUCGCUUAUGUUCGUGGGUGGUUGCCUGGCUGGGUGGCAAUAUCUUUGGAUGGCUAGUUGACCCUCUUCCUGUCAAAGUGAAACUUGAGACAUAGACUUAUUGCCAAUGACUACACAAUUAUCAAAUUUUUAGCCCAACCCACGAAAAUCAGUUUGUCAUGUUUUUCAAAGGCAAGAUGAUGGAAAUAUGAUGACAUUGAUUUCACAAAAUCAAAUUCACAAUAACUGUGCUAAAUGUGAUUCUUUUAAAAAAUAUCGCAAGUGCUUUUGGUGUGUAAUAUUUACUUUUGUUUUUCUGAAAUAGUUGGUGAAUAAAUCUGCUGUGUAAACGUGGGCGGGUCAUUAGAAUAUUAAUAUAGUUGAGGGGGCGUGAAAAAAAUGUUCAGUUGUACGCAUAUUUUUUCAAAUCUUAAGCCCCAACCUUCAUUGCUUAUAAUACAUUUUAUAAUGGACUUAAGGGGUUGUUUAAUUUUUAAAUGAUACAUUUUGCUUUGAAUUGUUUGUGCAGUUGUCUUAAUUUGAGGUAGUUAUCAGUAGCACAUCCUGUCAUUAGAUUUUCUAAACUUCCACCAGUCAAAUUGUUAUGUUGUUUUUUUUAAUUUGGAAUUGAUGUUGGUCAUGAAAUAGAAAUCAUAUUCACAAACAAAUUUCUUCCAAAAAUAUGAUCAAAAUUUUGUUAUAUUUCCAUAGUUGUGGAGAUUCAUCAGAAGUAAUAUUUAAAUCAAACAUAAGAAUGCGAGAAUUUAUUUGGCGAUGCAUUCUUAUGUUUGAUUAAAUUUAAAAAAUUGCUAUCAAGAAUCUUUCUACUGUUUCUCACAAUUCCUCCCUGACUGAAUUGCACUAACAACAAACAAUCACAGUGUGUAUCCUUCUUUCUACCCUUUGAACAUCUCAUACUCUGAUCUGAAUACCAGGUACUUGUCCCCAGCGCCACAACAAUACAUGAUGUAGACACACCCUCCCAUACCUGGCUAGACUACCUGUUUAAAUAACAUGGUGCCAAAAAAGUUUCACACUGCCCUCUGUAAUCUUCUAUUGUGACACCUUUAGUACCGCAGUUCUCAUCUCCAUUACACUGACCCAAAUUCUUUCCCGGAAGUAGUUAACUCAGUAUGCUCAACUAGUUAUUUCAUCCAACUUUGUCCUGUUGGUGUGGGCAUGAAUAGUUUAACAAUGAUCAAAUAGCUACACAAACUAUUUUUGGUUUCCCUUUAAUCUUUCCCAACACCAGUAGUAAUUAUAGCUGAUACGCUGCUAUGCCUCCUCUGUACAAGCAAUAGAAAGAAGAAGAUAGUAUCUUAUUUUAUGUCAUCCAGAUUGCACUGUUGAUGUGCUUAACAUAAAUUAAUGCUUCCAGUCAAACCAUUCAACUCCUUAGCUUUUGUGACCUCCUUCUUUUCUAUGUACAACUUCUCCUGUGCUCUCGCGUAAUUUCCCAACAAUAUUAAAUCAUUGAAUGUGAUUUUAUUUUACACAGAUCUUAAAAAUUCGUGAAGCUGUGGCAGGCCCUAUAACAUAAGCUGGUGGGCCGCAUGUGGCCAUCUGGUUGAAAAGCACUGGUUUAAUGAUUGUCCUCCUUGAAAACUUAAAUUGAUUUAGUCGACUUGGCCAAUUUAAUGGUUUCUUUACUAUACUCCUCUCCCCUUUUAGAUUAGUUUUAUCAUGGUGAUCGGUAGUAAUUAAGUAGAGGGGAUGAUUAGAAAUUUAUAAAAAAAAUUCAGUCAUAGCAAUUUAUUUUAGUGUACAUAUGAUGUAUGUAUGCUAUAUCACUUAUGUUAAUAUGUUACUUACUUACCGAUAUAUUGCUUACUCAAAGGCUCAUUUCAAACAUAUUUUAUUUUUAAGAAUAUUUUCCAUGGCUCAUUAUCGCUGGAUCAACUCUAUUUAUCCCGUCCAACUACUAGUCUAGCCAACUAUAGAUGUCCUAUAUCAGGCUUGUAUCUGUGUGGCAGCAGUUCACAUCCAGGUAACUUUAAGUUGAAAGUUAAGGUUCGUUUUUUCAAGAAAUAUGUUCUUAAUUUUUUUUUUUAUUGAUAAGAAAUAUAGAACAGACUGUAUACUCUUCAGUUAUGUAACAUGUUAAUUGUGUUGGGACAAACUGAGUUGAGGACCAUCCAUAAAUGUGGUCACACAAAUUGGCAAAUUCACCCCCCCCCCACCCCUUUAUCACAAAAGUUAAAAACCCUGNCCCCCCCCCCCCCCCCCCCCCCAACCAGUCCCCUUAGAUGUGUGACAUCAUUAUGGACAGCAUAUUUUGAUACUGAUAUAUUAAUUAUGCACAUGACAUCCCCAAUCUCCAAUGGAUUAUAUAAGUUAGUCAUCUGUGUGAAGUCUCUUUUAGAAGUUGAAACAUGGCCUUGUCGGUGUCAUUCAAACAUAUUGAAGUUUCUAGUUCAACAUCCAGGUAUUAUGAGCCAACACUUCUGAUGAUUACACAUUAAUUUCGUAAAAAUAUAUAACAAAUUGAUUGUGUUUAUUUGAUUAUAUUUACUUAUUCUAUAUUCUAUUCAUAUAGGAGGAGGUGUCAUGGGAGCAACAGGUAGACUUGCAGCUUACACAGCUCUUGGAGAUUUUAAGAGCCUUUAGUAUCAUGGCAUUGUAUAAUUAUAACUGCAAUUUUUAUUAAUCUUUCCCCACAUUUAAUACCUCUGUUUUUUGUUACCUGGUAUAAUAAAAGUUACUGAUAUAAUAUAUUAUUAUCAGAUAUUACUUUUACUUAUGAAGCUAGUGGUCUGGCAUUGUCAAUAAAUUUUUGUGGUCUAUUACUCCUAUUUGAAUUAUAAAUAUUUUACUACAUUCACUGACAUCUUUCUUCAAUAUGUAUAGGCACUCUCUUUCAAUACUUCAAUUAUCAGCUAGUUUUAUCUUACAAAUCUUAACACACUAUUAUAAUAAAUUACUGGUAAAUGAAUAUUAAAUUUCCUUUUGACAUAUAAAUUGUACAUUUUGUUUUAUAUACCGGGUAACUGAUAUUCAAAUGUAACAGUGCGAUUCUUAAUAAUGAUUGGGUCAAUACCUUGUUAGGCCUAUUUAUUAUUUCUAUGUUUUAUGUUUACUUAUUUAAGUAUGUAGUUAAAAAGAAUUUUGUAUAAAAAAAAUUAUAUCUGCCUUGUGUUAAAGUUAAAUGGAUUUUUUUUAGCACUGAUAUCCUUAAACUGGUUUUUCCUUUUUUAUAUUAAAGUAAAAUAGAUAUUAGUGAUAAUGUAAUUUAAAGUACGAUGCAGGCCUGGUAUGAUCAAUUUAUAAUAAAUUACAGAACUAAUUUUGGGGAGGAAGGUAUAAUGAGAUUUUGUAUACCUGUACUGGGACAUUUGUUUUGCAAAGGGUAGGUGUCUUCAAAUAUCAUGCAUAUAGCGGGUGGUAACCGUUUUAUAGAAUUUUAACACACUGCUCAAACUUCUGUAAAUGAAAGAAAAACAAUUAUAUUUUGGAUGCAAUAUAAUACUUUUAUUACUGAUAUAUUCUUGCAUCCUUUUAGAGAUUGCAGGAGCCCCUCUUAUGUAGUAUGACAUCACCUUUGGGACUCAACAAGCGUCCUUUUUUGCAUUAUUUAAAAAAUAUAUGUUGCAAU